CGCGUCAAACGUGACAAGGGCAUCCGGACGUUCAGGGAGGCGAACAAACCAAUCGGGGGAAGGUUGUUGCAGGUUUCUUCUACUCUGGGUUUGAUCGGGAGACCUGCAAUGUCUUAUUAUGCCGCAUCUAAACAUGCGUUAGAAGGAUUCAGCGAAAGUGUCGCACAGGAACUGGACCCGGCAUGGAACAUACAGAUUACCAUAAUCGAGCCAGGUCCAUUCCGGACGAGGUCGUUCAGGGACGACGCAAUGCAAUCCAGCGUGCAGCAUCCAGCUUAUGCCAACCCAGAUUUACCCGGUUCAAAAUUCCGCGAGUGGGCUGCUACAAAUGUAGUGGACGGAGACCCUGAUAAGGCGGUGGUGGUUAUGGAGAAGCUUACUCACCUGGAUGAAGCACCAAUGAGACUUCCAUUGCACAGGGUUGCAGUCCGAGGAGGGAGAGCUAAGGCAACUAGUCUCACAGAAACCAUGGACAAAUACGAAUCGUGGUCGGAAGACGUGUACUGUACGUAGUACAACUGAUAUAUAUCGUGUAUUUGGUAGACAACUUUGAAUUCUGCCAUUGAAUGUGACACGAUUGGCAGACGUGAC